AAUUAUUUUCACUUUCAAUUUGUCAGUUCAUAAAGAGCCGUUCCACCAGAGUUGCAGGAGACACUUUCUGAACAAUCAGAACUCAGAACAUCAGCAUCUACUCCACUCUUUAACCUAAACAUGGCCAGAAUGUUAGGAAGCAACAGAACAAAUGAUGAGGCGCUGAGGAUAGUGAUGGUGGGGAAGACUGGGAUUGGGAAGAGUGCCACUGGAAACACCAUUCUGGGACGGCCUUUCUUUGAGUCAAAGUUCAGUGCAAAGUCCAUGACUGUGGACUGUUCCAAGGGCAAAACCACAACAGUGGAUGGACAACAGGUCGCUGUUAUCGACACCCCGGGCCUGUUUGACACCAGGUAUGGUCUGGAUAAAACAACUGAAGAUGUCUGCCAGUGCGUCACUUACGCUGCUCCUGGGCCUCAUGUGUUCCUGGUGGUCAUCAGGCUGGGCAGAUACACUAAAGAGGAAAAGCAGACAGUGCAGAGAAUUCAAGAGAUGUUUGGUCAGGCUGCAGACAAAUACAGCAUGGUCCUCUUUACUCAUGGUGAUCUUCUUGAAGGCACUAUUGAAGACUUCUUGGUGGAUUGCGAAGACCUGCGGGAACUUGUGAAGAGAUGUAACGACCAGUACCAUGUCUUCAACAAUAAGCUAAAGGAUCGCUCUCAGGUCACUGAGCUGCUCCAGAAGAUCCGAAAUAUGGCCCAGAAGAACGGAGGAAGCCACUACACCAACGAGAUGUUCCAAGAGGCUGAGAGGGUCGUUGAAGAGAAGAAACAAAGUAUCCUGAAAGCAAAAGAAGAGCAAAUACGCAAAGAGACAGAGGAACUGGAGAGGAAACUACAGAAGAAAUAUGAAGAAGAGAUGAAGAAAAUAAGUGAACAAGUCCAGGCUGACAUAGAGAGGGAGAGAAAAAAGGAAAAAUGCAGAGAAAAAGAAAGACAAAGAGGAGAAAAAAAGGAAAUGGCAAUUAAAGAACAGCAUGACAAAGAACUGAGAGAAGAAGUAGCAAAGAUGCAGUUAAGGUAUGAAAGAGAGGCAAGAGAGGAAGCUGAGGGGUUCAAUCCACUGUAUCCUUUGGUGAAAGCUGGUACAUUUGUGUAUGGAGGAAUAAAAAAAGUAGGCAAGUUUAUUGGGGCCCUUUUCCAAUCUGAUUACUGAUCAGACAGUACAAAAGUAACACAUUCAGGAAUAUAUGAAACAACAAAACAUCAUCCAGAAAAUGUACAUUUCCCUUGAACCCUAUUAUACUCACAUUGAAAUCUUUUUUCAUUUUGCUUUUGAGGAGAUAUUCAGUGUGUAAAAUGUUUAAAUAUCAUUUUUAGCAUUAGCACGGUUUGUCAUAAGCAUUCUUUUAGAAAGUUAUGUAAGACUGUAUCACAUGCUAAACCGAAGUGGUAAUAAACAUGUACUAUUAUGACCAAA